UACUUGUGAGCCAGGCUUUGGGCGUUGUUUUUAUUGCAGCAGUUAAGAAAUUUAUUAAUUCUUAAUUAGAAACGUAUUUGCAUUGCUCAAAAGUUGACUUAAAGUGUGUCAAGUCACAAUUUCAGUUGCCAUAAAUUGAGCGCAAAUGACAAUACAGCGUUGUGUUAGUGUGCAGCAAGUAAAGUGUGUAGCUAAUAGAGAAAAAGGCCAGUGACUGCAUUGUCAACGGCAUCUACAAUUACAGCCAUAAGUAAAUAAUGUCCACAAUCGAAGACGAGCGCAAAGCGUACAUUAAUAAUCCAUAUUUCACUGGACCCAUCUACGGCAGCUACAAGCCGUUUUAUGUGACAAUUGCUAUUUGCACUGUUGUCCUUGGGUCAAUAAUUGUAUUAAACAUUAUCUUGGGCUGCUGCUCCAAACACCGCAAGUACUGGCAGGACAGGCACACAGGCAAUCGCUGGUUGGUUUCCAUUUGGUCUUCAACGCCGCACAAGCAACCACCUCUAGAUUUCACUGAGCUAAAGGACGCAUCCUACUUCGAUCGUUUCCAUCCCACUACACACCAGCAAGUGUUCCCUGACGACGUCGUCAUAUCCGUUGACGAUUUAGAGCCCGUACACCAGUCGCAUCAUCAGCGUCCACCCCGUCCAGAAGGUCGUACACUGCAUCAACAACGCCAGCGUGAAGAAUACGUUGAGUUGCAAAAGCGUGAAAGCGACAUCUAAGCCAUGGCAUUAUACAUUCUAUAU